AUGACUAAUUACCCCACAAUAAUUUCCCAAGGUCAGGGUGCCGGUGGCUUGGAGGCCAAAUAUUUAUGCUUAGACUUUUCCAUGAAAAAUAAAAAAAAUGUUCCUUAUCCUGAAUUAGAAACCCAAGGCAUUACUAGUAGUAAAGUAUUAAAAACAAUUCGUCUUUUACCACGGGAGUUAUUUAUUGCCCCCGGACUAAGGGAAAAUGCUUAUAUUAAUGCUCCAUUGCCGAUUGAGUGCGACCAAACUAUUAGCCAGCCUUUCAUUGUGGCUUACAUGACUGAAAAAUUAGAAUUAAAAGAAACUGAUAAAGUGCUAGAAAUUGGCACCGGUAGCGGAUUUCAGGCUGCCGUAUUGGCACAAUUAACAAAAGAAGUAUAUACAGUAGAGGUAUAUCAAGAACUUUCCCAUCAAGCCCAAAAAGUACUAAACAAAUUAGCCCAAGAAAUACCUACUCCAUUGAUAGAACAAUUAAAAAAUGGUGGAAAAAUGAUUUUGCCAUUAGAAAUAAGUCCUAGUGAAGAAUAUUUAAUGUUAGCAAAUAAAACUCCCCAAGAAUUUGAAAAUUAUAAGAAACAAUUUUUAACCUUUUUCAUUCGUUUAAUGACUACUCCUGAAUUUAAAAAUGAAAGUGAGGAGGAAAAAAGAAAGGAUGAAAAAUUCUUUGGACUUGUGCUUUCCGAAAUAGAGAAAGAAAAUAUUUUUGCUCUUUGGGCUUCUUGCCUAACAGUCGAAGGGCUUUUGAAGGAAGAUUUAUCUGCUAUCAAAGAUAAAGUUAAAGAGCAUGUUAUCACCCGUGGCUAUUAUAACCCCGCUUCUCCGCUUGCUCUUGCGGAAUAUCGGGAAAGGAAGAAAAAUAUAAUAAGCAAAUUGGAAGCAGAAAAGCAACAAUUACAAUCUAAAAAUCAAGCCUUAGAACAGCAAUUAGCCAAUCAAUCAUUGAGUGAAGCUGAAAAAAAACUUAAAGAGCAAGAAUUAGAUGCUAAUCGUAAAUUAUUGGAGGAAAAAGAAAAAGAAUUAGCCGAAUUAAGGAAACAACGACCAGAAAGUCCAACCAAUACGGAAAAAGAUAAUAGAAACAAGUGGCAAAUGACCCAAAUAAUUUCUUCCACCAAGGAAGGUUUGUUAAUUCCAGUCACUCCCAUCAUGGUGAGCAAUAAUGUAAUUUCCCAAGUAAAAACCGAAGAAAAAGAGGGUUAUAAUGCUUGUCAAAUUGCUUUUGGUGAUGGUUCAGAAAAAGGUCUGACUAAACCUUUGGUCGGGCAUUUAAAAAAAAAUAAUGUUCCGCUAAAAAAACAUUUGCGAGAAAUAAGAGAUAUGGCGGGAUUAGAAGUUGGCUCCCAAAUUGAUUUGUCACUUUUUCAAGCCGGAGAUAAAGUUAAAAUUACUGGCACUUCCAAAGGUAAAGGCACCGCCGGAGUAAUUAAAAAAUAUGGGUUUGCCUUAGGGUCUAUGUCCCAUGGUGGUGGCUAUCCCCAUCGCUUAAUUGGCUCCAUGGGCGGUGGCCGUGGCACUAAUCAAGGUAUCCCCAAAGGCAAAAAAAUGCCUGGUCGAAUGGGUAAUGAAAGAGUUACUCAAGCGGCAGUAAUCGAAAAGAUAGACCCCGAAAAUAAAAUUAUUUUUGUCCGGGGGGCGGUUAUUGAGGUGGUGGAAGAAGGGGAAUCGCCGGAGACUUUAUCCCUCCCGAGGAUUGUAGCCCAAAAUGAGAAAGCCGACGAGGGAAAGUUUAUCAUUCUUUCUUGCGAAAAGAAAAUGAGAAAGAGUAUUGAGCCCUGUCCUUAUAACGGCACUUCUCAUAAUAGUCGAGACCAUUUUUAUAAAUUUGUUGAAUUAAAAGACAAUAUUACGAUUAUUCCUUAUCAUGUUGAUAAUAUUCAUGUCGGUAGCAAGCCACUAACCUCCACAAACUCUAUCCUCAAUAUAUUCAAAAAAGAAACCGAUAAAUAUCUUAAUAGCAAUAAAAGC